AUGGCAACAAAUCUUGAAGAUAUCCAACAAGAUAUCAUCCAAAAACACAUCUUACCACGUCUUGAUGGUCCAUCUCUCUGGACCAUCGCGACAACCACCGCAUCAUCAGCCCAUCUACGAUCCCUUUGUUUCAAUCACAAGCUAUGGGCCGAUGUCUCCAUGUCCACUUGGCCUUCUAUAACCCACCCUCAUGUUCAUCAAAUCAUUUCCACCUUUCCUAAACGUCACCACUCUUUCUUUCAAGACUCUUUUCCUUCUUUAGUCACAUAUCCUCCCUCUAAAUAUUUGUCAAAUUCUCAUCAUGAAAAAGACCAUUCUUUGCCAUCUGAACUCAUCUCACUUGUCGAUAUACGCUACAAAGGCAACAUUAUUUACUCCACAGCCCACUUUACUAACACCACAAGUGAUCAUUUCUUGUCAUCACCAUUUCAGAUUGUAUUAAACGAAUCAACACACGUACCCGAGAAGUUCAAUGAUCUGGAAAUCUCAAACAAUGAAGCUUCAUUAUCUCUUUUGAAAGAAUCCGUGACACUAAACUGGAUUAUAAUAAAUCCUUCCUUGAAACGGGCAGGCAACCUAUCGAUUAUCAAACCGGUUAGUGUAAGCAGAUAUGGGGUGUUUAAUGAGAUUGUUUUGAAAUACAUCAUUGUUUUACCUGGAUUAAAUCCAAAUGAGAUGGUAAAAUGUAAAAUAAAAUUGGUAUUAUUAGAUGCUAAUUAUAUGGAAGGAGAUACGAUUUUGCAAGUGAAGGAGGUUAGUCUAAAAGUACAAGAUUUGGUUACCAGUAAUUGUUUGAAUGGUAAAGAUUUUAUGGUCAUUACACAAAGAGCAAUUAUGGAGGAAAAUAAUGUUAGGAGGAUUGUGAUUGAUGAUGAGAGGAGAUUAAUGAGUUACAUGCAACUCAAGAAGAUCAAAAAAGAUCAAAAGGAUUUGGCAAGAAAGGGAGAAGAGAAAACAAAAUUGUAUAUGCUUCUAGUUGUUUAG